AUGGGGGCUCUGCCAGGUGAGCUCCACCUGGUGGUAGAUGAGGCUGAAGAUGUGGAAGAGGAAGGAGAGGCCCUGAGGCUCCCAGAGGUGCCCAACAUCCCAGAGGUGCCAGGAGAGGACCUGAGGAUCCCAGAGGUGCCCAACGUCCCAGAGGUGCCAGGAGAGGGCCUGAGGAUCCCAGAGGUGCUCAACGACCCAGAGGUGCCAGGAGAGGACCUGAGGAUCCCAGAGGUGCCCAAUGUCCCAGAGGUGCCAGGAGAGGACCUGAGGAUCCCAGAGGUGCCCAACGUCCCAGAGGUGCCAGGAGAGGACCUGAGGAUCCCAGAGGUGCCCAACGUCCCAGAGGUGCCAAGAGAGGACCUGAGGCUCCCAGAGAAAAAGCAGGUGACAGGAUACCUCCUGUUCUCCCUGGCCACUGCAGUCAUUGGCUCGCUGCAGUUUGGCUACAACACAGGGGUCAUUAAUGCACCGGAACAGAAACUGCGGGCCUUCUUCAAUAACACAUGGAUGGAGAGGUAUGCCGAGCCCAUCAAACCAGGAACGUGCACCAUUGUGUGGAGCUUGUCGGUGGCCAUCUUUAGUGUGGGCGGCAUGGUGGGCUCGUUCAGCGUCGGAGUGAUGGCAGACAGAUUUGGGAGGAAAUUGUCCAUGUUCCUGGUCAACAUCCUGGCUGUGAUCGGAGGCCUUCUCAUGGGUUUCUCCACCAUUUGCUCCUCAUAUGAGAUGGUCAUCGCUGGACGCCUCGUCAUUGGCCUCUUCUGCGGCCUCUUUACCGGCCUUACGCCCAUGUAUGUGGGGGAGCUGUCCCCCACCCCUCUCCGGGGCGCCUUCGGCACCUUGCACCAGCUGGGCGUAGUGAUUGGCAUCCUGGUGGCUCAGAUCUUUGGCUUGGAGUCUCUGCUGGGGUCGGACAAGCUGUGGCCUCUGCUGCUGGCUCUGACGGUCAUCCCGGCCGUGGUGCAGUGUAUCCUGCUGCCCUUCUGUCCCGAGAGCCCCCGCUUCCUCCUUAUCAACCAGAACAAGGAAGAGCAGGCCCGCAAAGCCCUGGUGCGUCUGCGUGGCACAGAGGAUGUGAGUAAAGACAUGCAGGAGAUGAAGGAGGAGAGUUCCAAAAUGGCCAUGGAGAAGAAAGUGACCAUCCUCGAGCUGUUCCGCACCGCAGCCUAUCGGCAGCCGCUCCUCAUUGCCGUCAUGCUCCACCUCUCCCAGCAGCUCUCCGGAAUCAAUGCUGUGUUCUACUAUUCAACUGGUAUCUUUGAGUCAGCCGGUGUCACCCAACCCAUUUACGCCACUAUUGGAGCAGGAGCUGUUAACACUGUCUUUACAGUGGUAUCUCUCUUCCUGGUCGAGAGGGUGGGACGAAGGACUUUGCAUCUCGUCGGAUUGGCCGGAAUGGCCGUCAGUGCCCUGCUCAUGACUAUUGCCCUCCUGUUGAAGGGCUACUCAUCUCUGAGCUACCUGAGCAUCGGGGCAGUGUUUCUGUUUGUGGCCAUGUUUGAGAUGGGGCCUGGUCCUAUCCCAUGGUUCAUAGUGGCAGAGCUCUUCUCCCAGGGUCCGCGGCCGGCCGCCAUAGCCGUGGCCGGCUGCUGCAACUGGACCGCCAACUUCCUGGUGGGAGUCAGCUUCCCCAAACUGGAGGAGCUGUGUGGGCCUUACGUCUUUAUCAUCUUCAUGAUCUUACUCAUCUUCUUCUUCAUCUUCACCUUCAUCAAAGUCCCAGAAACCAAGGGCAAGACCUUUGACGAGAUCGCCCGCGAGUUUGGCGGAGCCCCCCUGCCCCCCACCACCUCUGUGGAAGCUCCUCCCACUAGUAGCAGCGUAACACUUCCUGCUUCGCCCAUCAAGGAGAAGGUCCCAUUGGUGGGGGCGGCAGCAGCAGAGGAUAAGUCCAUCUUAACUGCAUAG